UAACCAGCUGUUGUCUACUCAGGAAAGCUAUCUUUGCUUUUUGCAUUCUUGAAUUUUUAUAGCCCUUGAGCUUACGCACUCUUGUCUUCUAAUUGUUCUAGUUUUCUUCAGUCAUUUUAGUUCUUGCAAGGGAGGGACAGUGUCACUGAUAGCCCAAUACCUAGAAUUGUUUUGCAUCUUGAUAGCACAUGACUGCCAGCUUUUCCUGUCGAGAUUAUGUCCCCCAGGGUGGUGUUACAGGUGGGAAGGCCCACCAAGUUAAAUUUGGGCUGUCUACACAACUUGUGAGUAGUUAGAACUGUGAGCAGAGACUUGGACGUGAAUCUGCAGGUUGGAUUCAAGUUGUGGCUCCAUUGCUCAGUCUAACGCUGGGUGGAGUGUUUUGCUGUCUCUGAGCCUCUGCUCCCUCAGCUCUCACUGCAGAGUCAGGGGUCAUAUGGAGGAUUAUUUAUUGAGCAAACCACUUGGCUAACUCAAAGUGCUUUUGUGAUUAGUUUCCCGGUUCUUAAUUAACGGUUACUGGUCAUCUGUCUUGAGGAGAAGCUGAUGUACCAUUUAAAAUAUUUUCAAAUGAAUAAUGGGAAUAUUUGUAAAAUAUAUAUGUAAAAAUGCCCACUCCUAGGGCUAACUUCACCAGACCCUCCUAACUCUUUGCUUAUACUUUUUCCAGUAACAAUGGGACAGGCAUUGUCUCAGCCCUGGAAGCCCCUGGCUAGCCUGAAGUCUCUCGAAGCUCACUCCCAUGGUUAUUCCUCUGAAGAGGAAAGGAGGCCCUUGGCAUGAGCAGGUGGUUCCGUUGAACACAGUCAAGACCUGUAUAAAAACAGGCAUUAUGUUAUUCCAAGACAGAAGCAAAACUUGUAUAUUUGAUGCAUUAUUGUAGCUUUCAAUAAAAAAGACAAAGAAAAAAAAACACUAGCAGGCAAAAAAAAUAUUCUAACAUGAUUGCAUUAUUAAAAUGUAAAGGAAACUCUUCGAUUAUUAAAGUAAGCAUGUUGCUGGAAGGGAGACGACCAGAAGUUAAGAAUUUUGACACUGGGUGGCGUCCAUGAAAGCUUUUCAGAAGGCUCUCUUGGUUUUUUGCCCCAGAUGUGGCCGUGUUGGUAAGGGCUGGGAAACUACUUCUGAGCCUGGCUGUAAGACGGUAACUCCCCACCCUGGGACUGCACUUCCUCCCUUUCCCUGGGCUGCUGUGGGCUAACCUCCCUGCUUUUUACUGCCUCCCAGCAGUUACUUUCUCUCAGUCUGAAGGGAAAGACAGAAUUUGUUCAUUGCUUGGGCUAUACUGUGGGAUCCUUUUGAAGGUGUUUCAGGCAGUUGAUGAUUAAAUGUCUUCAUGGAGGUCCCCAGAGAUGGGAGUAUGUGAGGUGGGUGCUGAGCAUUUUAGACAAGCCUUCUUGACCACUUAGCUGUAGGUAACCAAUGGAAGGUCAAGGGGUCCAGGAUUCCUUGAGGAUGCUAGCUGGGAAUGGCUGAACCAUUUUCUAAAAUUUAUUUCUCCUAUCCUGGAAACUGUUCUGAAUUUCCCUCACUUGCUCUGGAACCACAUUUCAUUUAGCUCAUUUCUUCAUUAGCUAUUUCUUGAGGGUCUGCUCUGCACGAGGCACUGUGAGAGGAGCAGAGUAAUCAGAUGUUGAAAAGGAGAGAACGUUACAUGCCUUUGGUAGAAAGCAAGAUAUGCUUCCAGAGUAGGGAAAAGGGAGAUGUUAAGAACGUGGUGGUGGGGUUUUUUUCUGUACUUUUUGCAAUAAGUUGUACUACAUAAAAAUCUAUACCAAUAUUCAUUUAUGUAGCAAAUCCCUUCAUAAUGAAAAUUCCUGUUAUGUGUGAUUUGGGCAAGCAUCAUUAGAACACAAUUCCAAUACAGAAGACUUUGGACAGUCCCUUGGAGUGAGCUAAAGUGGGAUUUGACCUAUAUAUCAAGCUUUUCAUGGUUUUGAUAUUUUUCAUUUCCACAUGUCAACAAAUACCUGACUUGAUAUUAAAGCCAGUUAAAUCAAUAUUUCUUGCUGUAGUCAAGGUACAGCAACAUAUAUCCGAGGGCAACAUAUCCCCAACAGCCAUAUUUUGUUGACCGCGUAUAUUUUAUCGCAAACCUCACUGAUUGAACUACCUUUGGAAGCGUAGGAUGAAAAUAUCAACAUAGCCACCAUAAAAAAAAAAAAAGGCCAGAGACUCUGUAAUCUUGUCCCUCUGCCCCUCAUUUAAGUAUUCCCAUAAUUUAUUUUGCUCACUUUAAUCAUAAGGAAUGACAGUAUGGAAAAGAUCUUGAUUGUGGUGGCCGUGCUCCAGUGGGUCCGCUUUAUCCCUCCUCCCAACUCCCGCCCCAGCCAGAGGAUGUCUGAGCACAGAGCAGCAGGCAGCAAAUCCACAGGUCUCAGGCUGGAGGAGUCUAAUAAUCGUGAUGGAAAGAGAAUGGGGUGGAGCCUACUCCUACUUUUUUCCAAAUUUUUAACUGUUAGAAGAUUUCUGAAAGUUACCUGUUAAAAACUCAUUUGUUUCUGUAAGCAAAUGGCCUGAAGCAUCAGUUUAUAAACACCAAGGAAUUUAUUUACUGCUGUCAGAAAGGCCUGACUUCUCUUCCCUAUGUACUAUGAAUAGAAGAGUGAUUGUCAUUUUUUGGGUCCCUACUCUGUGCUAGCACUUAGAGAAUCUCACCUCGGGUCAGAAAGGUGAAAUGAUGCGUCCAAGCAUGUGUUGUUAUUUCCAUUUUAUGUGCAACUUGGGCUGCCGAGUAACUUCUGUGAGGCCACCAAGCUAGAAAGGGUACAAACUGGGAUGUGAACCCACGUUUGUCUGAUUCCAAAGCCUUUUCAUUUUUUACAUCAGGCGAUUUUCCAUAAUAUAUCAUAAGAUUAAAAAAAACAAUUGUUUCAAAUUGUUAAAGUAACACAUGCUUAUUAUUGGAAGUUUGGGAAGCAGAGAAAAUUAUUAAGAAGAAAAGGAUCACCCAUAAUUCUUCACCCCAAAGGUAAUCACUACUAAAAUUUUAAUUCUUUCUUCCAGGCUUAAGCAAGCUGUGAUUUAUAUAUCCAAGAGAGUGUUGUUCCUCAGAAUUGUCAUCUUUGAAGUUUAGGCAUGUACUCCAAUAAUGUUGCCAUUGCUUAAAACAUUUUUGGAAUUCCUUUCCGAGCUAAUUUAGAAACCAAAUUCUCUAAAGGCCCCCAUGCGCAAAGUGCUUCAGUAGAGACACAGCAGACAGUAUGGCCAUUACCUGAGUGCCUAUCAAAAUAACACGUUUUUAUAUCUUCUACCAUUUCGUGCCUUCUCAAGUUAUAUGCUGCAAUUAUUUAACAUCUGUAAAGAAAACUGUCAUUGCCUCUGUAACAACCGUAAACAUCUUGUGCUGACUUCUAUUAUGGCGGGAGAUGGAAUUUAUCAAAAUGCAGCUUUCUCCCAUGUCAAAGAUUGAUGGACAGUUUGGGGUAUGUUUAAAAGUCUUUAUUAAAAAUUACAUCUAUACAUGUUUAAUAUCUCAUCUGACAACUUGUGUGUUAUUUAUGACAUUGUCAACACAAUAUUUGCUUCGUGUAGCUCAUUAAAAAAAAUCAGAAAAUUUUGUUUAUCAAGUUUGAAAAAAAUUUUUAAAUCAAUUUCCUGUUAAUGGAAGUAUUACACUCACUGAAUUAUUCCCCUCUAAGGAGUUUCUGUAAAAGCAAAUAUAUCUAAGUGUGUUGAACUGAUCUUUAAAUAAAGUUAGUAGCAUCUUGUAUCGAAGUAAAUGUUUUUCAAAGAUGCAGGUACCAGUGUGCUCACACACGCACAAGUAGCAUACUUUAUUAAGGUCAAGAAAGUCAACUAGUUAUGUGCCAGCUGAGUUCUCAUUUUUGAGUUGUGGUGUAAAACACUGUUCCUUUAGAAAACAAAGCUAACCCUUCACCCAAGUAUCUCACUGAUUGCCUGGUUUCUGUCUUGUUUUUCACAGACUUUCUUAUCUGUCCCAUCAUCUUAGCAUGGCACUCUCCCCCAGACUGCUGGGCACCUGGGACACCAGAACGCUGAAUUGGGGAUUGGUACAUCGUUUGGGGGCCACUCACAGGGUUCAUAUUGGCCACAUUGGGCCUGCUCAGUUGUCCUCAGAGCUAUACUUUUCCCUGGUCUUCUGACUGCCAAGAUUUCUUAUGAUAAGACUUCAUCAUAUUCACAGAGCUAAUUAUAAAGUGAAAACCGAGUCUUCCAUUGAUAUUGGGCACUGGUACAGUGUUCAGUGUUUGUCAGAUAAAUGAAGGGUUUUAAUAUAUUCUCUCAAAAAUGGACUGUUGGGAGGAAAAGGUAGUCUGGUUGAAAGUGUCAGAAUAGGAUUGUGGAUUAGAACCUCAGGGUUUAAGAGCCUCUAGGUCAGUCUUCUCAUUUAAAUAUGAAAUCCAGAGGUUAGCUGACUGGAAAAGGUCAUCCAGAGAGCUGGUGCCAGAGCCAGGCACAGCAUCCAGUGUCCCAAAGUCCUGUCCCAUCCUUUCCAGUGCUUCCUCCUUAUUAGUUGUUUCAUGGAAGUUGAUCUGACUCCACGGGAUUAGUGACCAGAGCAUUUGGAGCCCCACACAGUGCUUAACAGAGCACCUGAUACACGGGCAUUCUCAGGGAGCACUUGGAGCCAUUGUUGACGUAGGCGGUGACUGAGCAUUCCAGAGCCCAGGCUGCUUUCAGGAAUAUCUCCACGGACCCCCAGGGCUUCUUCCACUAGAAACAAGAUGGCUGAACUCAAUACUCACGUGAAUGUCAAGGAGAAGAUCUAUGCAGUUCGAUCAGUUGUUCCCAACAAAAGCAAUAAUGAAAUAGUCCUGGUGCUCCAGCAGUUUGACUUUAAUGUAGAUAAGGCAGUGCAAGCCUUCGUGGAUGGCAGUGCAAUUCAAGUUCUAAAAGAAUGGAAUAUGACAGGAAAAAAGAAGAACAAUAAAAGAAAAAGAAGCAAAUCCAAGCAGCAUCCGGGCAACAAAGAUGCUAAAGACAAGGCGGAGAGGCCCGAGGCAGGGCCCCCGCAGCCGCCCCCGCCGCACAUCCAGAACGGCCACCUGACCGGCUGCGAGAAGGACGGCUCGUCCACCGACUCGGCCGGCGACAAGCCGGGCCUGACCCCUCGGGAGAGAAAGAUCUCGAUACUCGAGGAGCCCUCGAAGGCACUCCGCGGGGCCACAGAAGGCAACAGACCACUGCAACAGAAACUAUCCUUAGAUGGGAACCCCAAACCUAUACAUGGAACACCAGAGAGGUCAGAUGGCCUACAGUGGUCAGCUGAGCAGCCUUGUAACCCCAGCAAGCCUAAUGCAAAAACAUCUCCUGUUAAUUCCAAUGCCCCUGCAGCUCAUCUUGAAAUAAAGCCAGAUGAGCUGGCAAAGAAAAGAGGCCCAAAUAUUGAGAAGUCGGUGAAAGAUCUGCAGCGCUGCACCGUGUCUCUAACCAGAUACCGCGUCAUGAUCAAGGAGGAGGUGGACAGCUCGGUGAAGAAAAUCAAAGCUGCCUUUGCCGAACUGCACAACUGCAUCAUUGACAAAGAAGUUUCAUUAAUGGCAGAAAUGGACCAAGUUAAAGAAGAAGCCAUGGAAAUCCUGACUGCUCGUCAGAAGAAAGCAGAAGAACUGAAGAGACUCACUGAUCUGGCCAGUCAGAUGGCAGAGAUGCAGCUGGCCGAACUCAGGGCAGAAAUCAAGCACUUUGUCAGCGAGCGUAAAUAUGAUGAAGAGCUCGGGAAGGCUGCCCGAUUCUCCUGCGACAUUGAGCAGCUCAAGUCCCAAAUCACGCUCUGUGGAGAAAUUACACAUCCAAAGAACAGCUACUCCUCCAGGACUCCCUGCAGCUCCCUGCUGCCGCUGCUGAGCGCUCACACAGCAGCCUCUGGAAAACAGAGUAACUUCAGCCGGAAGCCGUCCAGUCACAACAGGCCCCCCGAGAGCAAAGCAGCCAACCCCAAAAUGGCCAGCAACCUUCCCAGCGCCGCAGACAGCUCUCACCAGGCCAUGCCCCCUCACAAGCAGAAUGGGUCUUCUAGCCAAAGACGAAGGUUUAACCCACAGUAUCAUAACAGGCUCAAUGCGUCCGCCAAGACACAGGGCAGCGGUAACGAAGGCGACCCUGUGGCGAAGGGCAACAACCGCCACGAACACAGGAGACAGCCGCACAACGGCUUCCGUCCCAAAAACAAAGGCGGCGCCAAAAACCAGGAGGCCCCCGUGGGGACAAAGGCCGCCGAGGCCCCUGCCCACGCGGAGAAGCCCCGGCGGAGGCAGCACGCGGCAGACAGCGCCGAGGCCAGGCCCUUCCGGGGCAGCGUGGCCCGGGUCUCCCAGUGCAACCUCUGUCCCACGAGGAUGGAGGUUUCCACAGAGGCUGCGGUCCUCUCGGUCCCCGCCGUGACGCUGGUGGCCUGAGCCAGGAGGCAGAAAGCAGUUCCACUCAGUUUCGGUUCCCUGCCCGAGGUGCUGAUCCAAUUCGCUGCCAAACGAGAGCCAAUCAGAAUAGACAGGCCCUGUGUGGUUGUGUCACCCUCUCUCAAUCAUUUUUACUAAUUCUAAUAAUCAGCUCUAGCUUGCUUCACCCUUUCAUGGCUUUGCUUGAUCUGUUGAUGCUUUUUCUCAUCGAGACACUGCAGCAGUGUAGCCAGGCGGUAUUUACUCAUUUGUUAGGAAAAUCAACACGUGGCUAAAGACCAGAGGCUCCGUAGCAACCAGUGUUGUAGGUGAUGUCCGUCCAUUGAUCGUCUUUAGAGAGUUACUGUCGGAAAAAAAUUCUUAUUGACCAGACAAACGUGAUCUGCUGAGGACACAUGCGCUUUUGUAGAAUUUAACAUCUGGUGUUUUUCUGAAAUAUAUAUAUAUACAUAUAUUGCUUUAUUUGAAACAAAUUAAAAUAUGCUGCAUUUGA